AUGCACCAGGAGCAUGCCCAACAACUGACUGACAGCCGCUCAUUAGCCAGACUCGCGCUUCUGCCCGUCGAGAUCCUCGACCAUGUCGCCCAGCACCUUGCCUUGCGCGACAAGUUGGCGCUCGCGUCCUCCUCCCCCCACUUUAACGACCUCUGCACCCGCCUAAUAUACCGCUCCAUUGAGCUCUCGAGCUGGCCGCAGGUGUUGCGAUGCUGCCGGACGCUGUUGAAUAGUCCGCGCACCGCCCAGGCCGUCCGAUCACUCAGCAUCUCACUGGAAAGCCCCCCACCGCCACUGCUGCAGGCAGCGUACAGGACGCUCUCGACGGCGCUGCGGAGGCUGGAGCGGCUCAAGACAUUGUAUGUCGCCGCCCCGCGCGAUGCGUACUUCUCCAUCGUGCUCGCCCCCUGCCGCUUCGAGCACCUCGUCAACCUCACACUGUCCCUCCCCAUCCCCCGCGCCUUCACCGCGUUCCUGGCACGUCACGAUGGCCUACACGCACUCCAGAUCCAUCCGACCGUACAUGCCACGGACCUCGCCUCCGUCCCGACCAUCGCGCUCCCCGCGCUGCGCACGCUCGUAGCGCCGCAGCUGUGGCUACCGAAACUCGUAGGCGCCGCCACGCACCUCGAGUACGUCGCGAUACUGUGGGACCCGCGCGUGCCGGGCGACCCGCACGCGCUGCUCGCCACCGUGGGCGCCCCGACGACGCUCGUGAGCGUGAGCCACGGAUGGCGCGUGGACGUCGUUGAUGCCGCUGCCGACGCGCUCCCAGGGCUUGUCGCCCUCAUCCUUCGCUCCUCGGAUCCCAACGAGGACACGAAGGCGCUCCUCGACGGACUCGAGCGCGGUCUGCCGUGCUGGAAGCAGCUGGUACGGCUGGACGUUAGCUUCGACUCCGAGCCUUCGCGGGAGCAGCCGAAGCCACCCACAGAGGCUGCGCUCGAGGCGGGCUUCACCGUCGUCACGCGCCUCGGCUCGCUCUGCCCCUCCCUCAAGCAUUGUUCCCUCCCUGGUGCGUGUCUCGCACCCGCCUCCGCGGCGUCCGAUGCCCAUCCCGCCCGCGCAGGCAAGGCGACGUGGGCGCGGCCCGUGCCGCUCGAGAACGCGUGGUUCCCGCAGGUCGCGCCCGCGCAAAAGUACAAGUUCAUCGCGAUGGGCAUCUUCACGGGCCGCUACCCGCCCGCUAUCCUCGCGAGCGCGGGGAUCAUGACCGAGGCGCAGACGGAGGCGCUGCGCGACGACGUGCAGUCGCUGCGCGAGACGGGCCUUACGGCGCGGCAGAUUGCGGAGAUGGUGACUAGCUUAAUGCUCAGCAAGAGGGAGCGCUGGUGA